UUUUUUUUUUCUUUUCUUUUAAUUUUGCUUUCUUAUAAUAAUUUUACAAAAUGAGUUUCCUUCGUACUGCUACUAGAUCAUCUGCAUUCCUUCGUCCCAUUAGAAACUUGCGUUCACCAACUACUUCUAUAUUUGCUCGUUGGAUUUCAACUGAAAUGAAAGAACGUUUAGAUAAGGACAUUAAAUCAAACGACGUAGUUUUGUUUAUGAAGGGUACACCUGAUGCUCCUAUGUGUGGUUUCAGUCGUGCAACUAUUCAGAUUAUGCAAGUUCAAGGUGUUGACUUCAAUACUAAAGUUACUGCAUUCAACGUUUUAGAAGAUCCUGAAUUAAGAGAAGCCAUCAAAGAAUACUCAGAGUGGCCUACAAUCCCUCAAGUUUAUAUUAAGGGAGAAUUUAUUGGUGGCUGUGAUAUUUUAUUGAACAUGCAUCAAUCUGGUGAUCUUGAAGAUUUAUUGGUAAAGAAUGAGAUUAUCCCCCCUGAGGAAGAGGAAGAAAAGAAAUAAUCUUAAAUACAAAUAAUAAAUACAAAUAAAAAAAUUGUAUACAUGAAUUUAUAUAUAC